AUUUAAUUUAAUUCCCAUUUUCUCCGCUCCUCUCUCAUCACAAUGAGUUGAUGCCUUUUUUGUCAUUUCACUAUUCUUGUACAUAUCAUUAUCAUCCAUUCGCCAAAGUCGCACUAUUUCAAAACUCUAAAUUUUAUUAGUAUAUGAUGAUAAUAAUUCAUAAUAUCUUAGCUAGCCACGACACAUUUUCUCCCUCCCCAAAAAUGGUGCCUACCUCUCCAAACGGCCACACCACCCCACUCCUCCCAAAGGAGGCGGAGCCACCACAUUCCGCCCCUGUAUUCCGGCGGACAAGGCGGCGGACGCCCUCGUUCUCCUCGUCAUCGCCUUCGAGCUCCUUCGACUCAUCCUUUCGAUCAUCUUCAUUCUCAUUCAACGAUGAAUUCCCUCCAUUUAGCCCAAUUAGCACUCCUCUCAUCAAAUUCAAAGGUGUCCCAUUUUCUUGGGAGCAAAUUCCCGGAAUCCCUAAACAACAUUGCUCAAAGAAGGACUCCUCCGGCCACCUCCUCCCUCUCCCGCCGGCCGGGGCCACCACUGCCUCCGCCGCCAAGAAGCAAGAGGAAAUUUCUCCCAAGAAAAGCAAUAGGUUCCAAAGGGACGAUCCAUUCUUUGCAGCCCUUGUUGAAUGCUCCAAAGACGGCGGCGACGACGAUCAUUGCUUGAAUUCCGGCAACAUUGAGAAGGGCAGCUCCAAAAUCACAAGAUCUUUGAGUGAUCGUUUUGGAUUGAUAAACAUGUACACUUCUUGCAAGAGAACAUGUGCGGUUUCCGAAUCAAUCGUCAAUCUUCCAAGACAAACCUCCCAUUACCUUCUCGAUCGUCGAUCCAGGUAAUUAAGUAGGUUACUCUCCUCAUCCAAUGCGAUCAAUAGAUUAAGUUAAGUUAAAUUCUUAUCACUUUCGUCUUGCUACAAAAUUAAUCUCUCUUUAAUUAAAUGAUCGAAAUAUUUUCUUGUAUGCUUGAUUUUGGACACGUCCCAUCUGUCCGAAGUCAUAUGAUGUAGUAAAAACAAAUAGUAAUUUAUUGAUCGUUUUGAACAUUGUUACUAGAAA